AUGAUACUCACCUUGCACGUCACUACCAUUCAAGCUCCCGGGUGUCACGUGAAAUUUCAAAGCACGUAGUGAAGUGUAGUAAGCUGACCAAAGAGUUUAACAUGGAGAUGUACACAUUUGGGACGGAAGGAAGGAAUGAAAGAAUAGCGUAAUGUGGACAAGUGGGAAGUUAUUUUAAGUAUUUGUUUUAAGCAUCGAAUUCUUGUGUGAAUGACUUAAGUGUGUACGAAAAGAGUGUAUGGUCACAUGUGAAUCAGGUCAACAUGAAGAAAAUACUUCUCAUAUUUGUGCUUCUGGGCACGCUAUUGUUGCUUAAUCCUGUUACCUGCCGAGAAGAUAUUGAAGACAAUGAGUUCGCGGAAUUCGAAGAUUUCGAGGAAGACGAGGAGGAACAACCCAUUCGGGAUACACAAGACACCCCCGGAGGAUCUCGUGGACGUAUAAUAGACCAAGAUGAUGAAGGAAAUGAAGACGAUGAUGUUGAAGAUGCAAUUGUUGAGGAUGAUGAUAAUGAACAUCUUCAAGAUGAAGAGGAAUUUGAAGGUUUUGAUACAGAUCAUGUUAGAGGCAGUGGAAGAAUGGAUGAUAGAGAAUCUCCAAAAAUUACCAUUACCAAAGUACCACUUCAUUUCCGGACAAAUUGGGACAGUUUUUACCUCGAAAUGUUAAUGAUAGCUGGCCUUGUAGUAUAUUCUAUCAAUUUUUUUACUGGAAAAAGCAAAAACAAUAAACUGGCAACUGCUUGGUUUAAUACUCAUAGAUCUUUGCUAGAAGAAAAUUUCAGUCUAGUUGGUGAUGAUGGUAAAAUGGAAAAUGAAAACCCUGGUCUUAUGAAGGAUUCGGAGAACAUGUACACACUUUGGUGUAGUGGUCGUACAUGCUGUGAAGGCAUGUUAGUGGAACUCAAAUUCUUGAAAAGGCAAGAUCUGGUGGCAGUAAUAGCCCAACUUAUGAGGCCUUCUCAUGAUCAAGUACAUAUUAAAAUUGAUAUGAACAAAGAAGAUAUGGAUAGUUUUGUAUUGUGUGUGGCCACCAAAAAAACAGCUCUGAGACUGUCAAGAGAUAUGGCUGAUCUGAGUGUGUAUUGUCCAGAGAGGAGAAGUGUAGACAAAUAUGGACUGCCUUCUAAUUUUAAUUUGAUGGUUGAAAUGGGUGAAGUAGCAUCAGCACUUUUGGAUUCACGUGUUGCGACAAUGAUCAACAAGUAUGCUGACUUGGUUGAUUACAUUCACUUUUCUGACCAGUUUUCGGGCCCAAAACAACCUGAAGACACCACUCUUACUAAGCUUCCAGAAACUAAGAAAGUUCUGUUGUUUGGCUUUAAUAUACCAGUGAAAGGACGUCCUGUGAAUGAAGCAAUGGAACAAAUGCGUCCUUUAUUACAGCUUGUUUUUUAUUGUAUGGAGAAGGCAAAGAAUAAGGCUGAAAAAAAUAGACUGCGUGUUGAAGAAGCUUUCUUGAAGACAACCCAUGCUGCUAGGGCAGAGGCUGCCGCUGCGCGAAGAGAGGAAAAGAAGCGUCAGGAGAAAGAAAGGAUUCUGAUGGAGGAUGAUCCUGACAAGCAACGCAAAUGGGAAGAUCGGGAAUUAAAACGGCAGAUGAAGAAAAAGGCUCCAAAAAUGAAGCAGCUGAAGGUUAAAGCAAUGUAGUUUCAAUUCAUAUAUUUCAUAUUUUGUAACAUUUAUUAUACAUAAUGAAUCAUGAUUUUCUAUACAUAUCCUUAACUUGAUCAUUUGUUAUUGUUAGUGGUUUUGAUUUUCUGAUUGUGUUUAAAUGUAUAUUGUUUUGAAGUGUAAGUUCACAAAGAUAAAUAAGUAAUUAUUCAUUAUUUUGUUCCCUUUGGAAAAAUAGUGCUAUUUGUGCGUAAAAUGAAGACACAUUUGUUAGACAUGAAAGACAGUUGUUCUUUUCAUUAUGUUACAAUAAUUUCAGGUCAUAUAGGAAUAUUUAAGAAAUAAUUCACUAAAUUGUUUUAAAGUAUUUUUCUAUAGUAAUAUAAAUUUAUUUCCCAAUUUGACUGUAGUAUCUUCCUCAGGUCCAUAAGAUUUCUAAGUCAGCAUGUGUACCUAAAUGUAAUAUUGAGACGUCAUUUAUUAAAUGAUCUCUUUUCACUGAGUCCUGUUUUAGAGAGGAACUUAAUACUUUUGACACCCACUUUAUUCAUGAUUUAAUUUGGCGAAAGUUUCAUAUACUAAAUGUAGUAUUAGGUUUUGCCAGAUUUCAGAGAUAAUAUUAUGUUUAUGUUGAUAUUAACUAGAGAAUGUUUUAUUUAUUCCUGUAAUUUGUCAUUCUGAUAGAUGUUUUAUUUGUAAAUAGAAUGACAGUUCUAUGAGAAUUUGGAUACUGUUUUAUGUGAACAAAUGUCAGAUUUUUGAUCUCAGUAGAACUCUUUUUAAGAUGAUAAAUUAUAUGAUGCUGUAGUGAUGUUGCAGUAAAUACUGCUUUUCACCUCUCAUACUGUUGUAUUUAUUCAACACUAUGGAAGCAAUACUUACUGAUUUUUGUAUCUGAAACUGUAGACAAAACACAUUUUGUUUGCAGGUAUCUUGAAUUACUGUUCUGAUCAUAUUUCAGGCAGUAACCAAGACUUUUGUACUGACAGUUAUAUGAACAGCAGCAGACAUAAAAUUAUAGUUUCAAAGGUGAAUUCUUUCUUUUGUUAUAAGCUUCAUAAUCAAACAUACACAAACUAAAAAAGGAAAAGGAAAUCAAUUUGUUUAGUUCUCAAAAACCAAUGCCAUAGGUGGUGUCUUAUAAAAUGAAAGUUCUUAUUACUAUUUUAUGACAUUGAUUUGGUGUGUAAAUAUUAUUUAAUUUCUACUCUAAAUUUUUGACAUAUACUUAAUAUGGAGGGCUAUUGCUGUUAAAGCAUGAUCACCCAAAUCAUGAGAUAAAUCACUUUAAUUUAUUAUUAUCAUCAUCAUCACUACUUUCAAAUACACAGACUUACUUAAAAUAUUUUUGUACUUGUUUGAUUGAAUUAUGAUGUAAAUUAUUUUCAUGUGACAAUCCACAAUUGUUGUGAUUCAAAAAAUGACACAGUUUUUGAGAUGAUGAAUGGAAAGAUAUGUCUUUAAUUGAAAGAAAUUAUCAUUACAAUAGCUGUAAGUUAAUCUCCUGUAUGAUUUGGAUAUCAUUGGCAAAAAAUCUUUUUCACAAGUUUUUUCAUGGCAUGAAAGUACUGAAAUAUUUAUUCAAAAGAUUUGUAACUAUUUUAGGACACACCAGAAAUUUCUGCCAUGUUUGUCGGCUCGUAGAAUCAAAAAUAUGUUGCCAAAUUGAAUUAGUCCUCUUCAGAUGACAAAAUUGUUUAAUUCAUUUAUACCAUAGCAAUUCAGUGAAAAGUAAACACAUUUAUGAACAAUGGUACCCAUCAACAAACUUGUGGAACAUCAUAAGAAAUACGCUAAUUAUUAGUCUUUCACCUUUUAUAAAGUCUUAACUAUUUAUUUGGAAUCUGAAUACUCCUGAAUGGUUUUUAAAUUUUGUCAUGAAGAUAUUUGGGUAUACACACUAUUACAAUGUUACCGAAAAUAUGAAUAAUAAUUUCUUUAACUAUCCAGUACCGUACACUCGUGAGAUAUAAAACCCAUUCAUGUUUCUUUUUCCGAUCGCUUGCCUCAGCAUGUCCUGCAAUGAGAAUGGACGGACGCAGAGUAGUACAAUUCGACCUUCGAUCCGCGGACUCGUCUUGCCGGUAUAAAAUUGUACUGCGUACUUGCAACUGCCCGCGGGCCUGUGAUGCCUUGACCUUCCUGACAGACGGAAAGUACACCUGCUUAUUCUCUGGCUAGUAGACUUGCCCCUGCGGCGCUGUCACCGCCCAUUGCAAGUAACGUAAUCGCUUCUCCGCCGUCGCCAGGGACUUGCCGCAUCGGGGCUUCAGCUCUUCGCUGCAGUGCCGGCGCAGGCAGCGUAGCAACGCCGUGCCGCACUAGCGAAUUUAAGCUGUUUGUUCCGCCGCAUCAACGAUGGGUAGAUUUCGAGUUAAAACUCAGUCUAUCUUCGCUUGGACUUCAUUAUAUGUAACACAAGUCAUAUAAUUGUAGGAAAUUAAAAGUGACGGUACUAAUCUCAAGACUGUAACGGCACAAGAUAGAUUGGUUGCUAUUUCAUACAGGACAGUUUGGGGGCAAUUUUUGCGUUGGGCGUAUUUAAAUCCAAAGGCGGGAUUUAAAAUUGCCAUUAUACGAAUUCAAAUGAAUCAAUGAGAGAGAAACAACAUAAAUAUGAAAUAAAAAUUAAAAGCUCCAAAUUAGCUAGUACUUUUCAACGGACGGAAAGGUGUUCAUAUAUUUUAAGAUGAGCUUUAUCACGUAUUCGAAGCUAAAAACUACUAAUGUAGUACAAUUACAUUUCAUAUUUCGAUGAAAAUUUGAAUUUGGUUUGAAUAAGUACUUAAGUUGGAUGCCACUGCUUUUAAUCGGAAAAUAUUCCCUCAGAGUAAGAAGUAUAUGCACGCAGAGAGGAAAAUUUCGUUAAUGCUUACCAUUUCCCAGAAAAAUCUGUUAAGCUUUUUUUGUGUGUGUGCCAAAAUAUUCCAACCAAAUACUCAAAUUAAGAAGCAGGGCUUGAAUUCCGAAGUUUGUAGCGUUGGAAAUGUCUCCAGUUUUUUGUUAGUUAUUUCACGAAGCUUCGAAUGUUUUCAGAAUGGAAUCAGUGGUCUUUAAAUCGUUACGCCUGGUUUCCUUUCAAUUGUGUCUACUACGCUGAUCAUUGCAUUGACCGCGUUUAGCACUAGUACUCCACGAGCGGAUCUAUAUUCUUUUAUCGACAAAUUCUGACACCCUGUGUAUAAACGAUAUUUUCAUUUUUAAAGACAAAGAUAUUGGUAGCUAAUACAUCCUAUAAAUAAUUGUUUAUUUUGCUCUGCGAAUAUUUAAUAUCAUAGCAGUUAAAGACUGCAACGGUAAUUGCAGCCCUGCAAAUUCUGUCAUAUUUUGCUUCCUACUCUGUAUUUACGGAAAACCAGCAAAUUCGCAAAAAUUAUGAUACUCAAUAUUUCGUGCAAAGUUUCCAUCAGCUGUAUAAACGUUGUACAGUAUUAUUUAAUUCAGUCCAUUGUCUCAAUACCUUAAUAUGAAUGCCUACCGACCCUUCAAUUUGGGAAAUGCCCUUGAACCGUUUAGCCUCCGCUGAGGCGCAUUAUGCCCAACAUGGUGAUUGGACAAACUGUGCACUUCCUCAUGCAACCUGUUGUUCGCUGCAGCGAUGAAUAAAUGAAUAGAAACAUUGCAACUGGUCGUUAUAUUUUAAACCUUACGGGGUUAUCUUGCUUAAUGACAGGUUGAGCUUUAUGAUCAAGGAUGAACAAGUAAUGGAACGAAAACGAGGAAGAACCUGAUGGCCAUGUCUAUUGAUGUUGAAAGGUUUUUUUAGAAAAGAAACGAUAUUGUAAGUCGGAAAUGUAACAAAUAAUUUGAAAUACCCGAUUCUUGAGGACAUCGACAUGUAAAAAGAGAUUAUUAAAAAGUAGGGAGCGCUGCAACGUAUUCUUAAAAGUAUCAAUUCUCGAGAAGUAUCUUGUGAAUUCUCUCCAGAAUUGAUGAAGAUUAAAAAGUUGAUGGGUAAUGUAUUUUGUGGUACCUCUUUUCAAAUGAUUUAUCAGGUUCUCAAAACUAUUUUAUAUAAAUAGUUCUGUAUCGGGAGUCAUUAAAAUAUAUACUGUUUUUUAAGAUCGGGGAAGAUUCUCACAACUGACGAAAAUGAAAAAAAGGUUUGAAAAUGGUUGAUGAAAAAUGAAUGAAUUAUGAGAGAACGAAAACGAUUUUGUUUUCAAAUUACUAAUGUUUAUUGAUAUAAAUUAAAAACGAUUUUUCACUAUAAUUUAAAAAAGUUAAAACGCGAAUUAUUGAACGUGGAGUACUGUAAUACUUGUAAUUGUAUUAAUAAUAUCGAACUACGUAAAUGUUAUUAGAUUGAUAAUUAAAGGAAAAAUAUAUCUUGUUUUUCAUUUAUAAAAUAAAUGAAAUUCAUUCAAAUUUUAAUGAAGGUAUUUUUGAGUUAACUCAAAAAGGACGGAGGGUUUUGAGGCGUACGAGUUGUUACAAAGUGGGAGGAGGAAUUUUAAAGAAUAUUCAAUGUUAACGUAUAUUUUCAAUGGCCCCCGUUUGUCAUUCCUCUGAAAACCUAUAACAAUAAAUUGGUGCACACGAAAAAGCUAGUGACGGACCACAUUUCCCUAAAACAGGUUCAAUAUAAUAUUCAUUUAUUGUUGCAGAACAAUUUGGAACAGCUCUGAAAUUCAUGAUUUUCUCUAGGAUGUUCAUGAGGACUUCCUGGGACAAUUGUAGAGUUGAAUGAAUAGUUUUUGUUUGCUUGGAUUUUCUCCGGACGGGAAGAUUCGUAUUCAGCUUGACAACGUUGCUGAAUGCAACCAAUAUGAGCUUUGCAUCACGUACAGUUAUUGCUUGCUCAGUGAAACUCCGAUCCGCUACGCAGACGGAUUGCGUGACAAAUGGGUCGUAUGUGAGCGAUGGAAUCGAUCGGCAAAAUUUGGAAUGUUAGUAUGAGAAAAAACAAGCAGUGUUACAAGAAAUACAUGGUACGAUGUUAAAGGAUUUGAAUACUUCACUUUAUAGUAGAGAGAACAAUAGAAUGAAAAUACCAAAAGAUAAAAAUAUAUUGAUGUGGCUUUUACUGAAAAGUAAUUUUUUGUACUGUGAGACAGUGAAGCCCUGGUGAAUUUUUGCAAUUACUCGUAAGCUACAGAAGGUCUUGAAAUAGAGAAACUGCAAAAAUAAGAAGGAAAAUGUCAUACUUAUUAUAGGUUUAUUACAGCGGCUUGAUGUGUAGUUUGCGGAGUCUAUGAUUUUAUUUUUAUGGUGCAUUUUUCGAAAUCUCAUCUAGUGUGUUCUAAAUCGAUGUUAAAGGGGAUAUGAUUUUGCGAACAUAAAAGAGAUCAAAAUAUUGACUUCCGCAACAUUAAUGAAACUGUGGAAACUAAAUUUGUAUUUUGGAAAUUUUAUGAAAAACAGCAAGUUUUAAUUAACUUUCUUGUUUCCAAAUUUUGACUUGCCCGAAUUUUUUAAAAAGUAAAUUUCAUUAGCAAAGUCUCAUCUUUCUUCACGCCAAAAGGUCUGCAGUUACAAAACAUUAAUUUUUCAAUAAUCUUGGUGAAACGGUAGCCGAAAUAGUUGUGUAUGUAUGAAAGCCGUGAAUUGGGGCACUUUUUCGAUCGAGGUGGUUUGGCGUCCGGGGUGGAUUACGGAGUUGAUUAAAUUCCAAACUCGAAAAAGUCACUUCGUUCCCGACGUGCUUACUAUUUUUUUCACACUCCCCUCUGACUAAAAUUUAUUUACUUUUCAGUUUAGUUCAUAAUGAAGAACCCUCGCAUCGUCAUCAGGAAGAUCGCAAACUUAAACUAGAGAGUGGAGAGAAGUUGACUGUUCAUCCACUGGAGACGCAGUUACAAUAGGUGCAACAUACGCUUCAAUUCCUGGUGCUUCUAUUUCUUGUUUUCAUUUAGUAUUCGAAAUUAUGUUGGUAUUACUAAUGACAUGCAUUAAUGGGGUAGGUCGAGAUAUUUCUCGUCUUGGGCUGUACAUGAGAAGCUUUUCAUAUUAUAUACAUGGUCGGUGAAAUCCAGCUUUAGACUGACUAUGCAUACGAAUCUUUACAUCAUAUUGGUAUAAAAGUUCUUUAAUUGUCUUGUCUAAUGUCACUAUUCACAGAAAAGCCAAUGGUCGCUGCAUUUGUUAAUACCUUUGGGCAAUUUUAAUUUUCCCCAGUAAAUUUUCGAAAAUAAAAAUACAAUUUUCGGAUUUCUUACACGAUUUCUGAGCAAAAUUUGGAAAGUCUGUACGAUGUUCUAGCUCUAUUCGCAAAUCCUAGCUCUAUGAAUUUGAAAUGUGUGAAACAAUGGGCACGCCUUUGUCCGCCAAGUAUUUACAUUUUCUCCGUCAAAACCAUUUGAGUCCACCCUCCGUUCUUACAAUUCCGAGUCAUCAUAUUCUUCUCUUCCUCUAUGCGCCUUCCCCUAAUAUAUGCGAAUAUCAAUAAGGGCAAGGGGAAAAUAGGUAUUCAAGAGAGCAGAGCUUUCGAAAGUUGUAAAUCAUUCACCUCCGCAGUAUUUUCUCAAUGGAGGGGAAAAAAUUGGGAACAAUUUGACGGCGACAGAUUUACCACCAGUGCAAGCCAGGCGAGCUUGACAGUAUAUGGACCACAUAGUUAAGUUCCGUAAAAAUCGGGAACAAAAGCGAACUUUUUCUUUAAAAUCAGGCACUAAGUAUUUAAAUUCUUCUAAUCCAGUUUUACGAAAUUCUUCCUGUCCCUCCUCAUCUUCGUCCGCAGAGCGUUUAUUGUACUAUGCUAGGACAGCGUUAACAGAUGAGCGACUUGCAACAAGGUAGCUGUACACGAGCAAUCGGGGCUUGCGAACCUGACUUGCGCCAGAUGUAAAGCGUAAAUUCCUUUGCCUACUCCAUGAAGAGAACAAUGCUAUGGCGACAGAUUUACAAGAAGCGCGAGCCAGGCUCGCGAAUGACGAUUGACGGUGAAUGGGCUGCUUUACCGAUAACGUUUCCUAAUGGCUGGGCACAGAACUGAACUAGAAAUAAUAUUUCAUUCCCACUAAUUCCGUUUUAUGGAAUUCUCCCUCUUCACCGUCGUCUUUGUUUGUGGGCCCUUAGCCUACUAUAAGUGGGUACAAUGAAGGACCGAGCACCAUGCUUUACGGGAGGCAUAUGCGAGCAAGCAGCUGGUUUGUGCCGGUUGUAAAUCUUUAAUCCCACAACCUGUUCCAACGGGGCAGCGGCGACAGAUAUACCACCGACGCAAGGUAGACUGGGGUACUUGACAGAGUAGGACUGCUUAACUAAGUGUCCUAACCAUUGGUCACAGAACAUUUCGAUUUGACUAUUGUUGGUUUUUUCUAAAAUCUUAAAAUAAACUUUUGAAUCCUUCUAAUCCCGUUUUAUAAAAUGCUCCCGGUCGUCAUUGUCGACAUAGAACCCUUAACUUCCUAUGCUUGAUAAGGGCCGAGCGCAUCCUUGAAAAUGAGACGAGGACACGAACGCGAAGCUCGCGAGCCUGGCUUGCGCCAGUUGUAAACCUGUCGCCACAAGCGCAAGCCAGGCUCGUCGCUUGACGUUAUUUGGGCUUAACACAGUAAGUCUCUUAAUGUUAUUGGGAAAAGAACCGAUCAUUCUCUUUAAAACUUGGCAGUAGACAUUUAAAUACCUCUUAUCGUCUUUCACGAAUACCUCCCGCUUGCAAUUGUCUGCAGAGCUCUGAUAGGGCCCCUUCACACGGAGCCACUCGGCACCGCUUCUAGCAGCGAAGUAUCAGUUUAAUUGGACGUACUCGCACGACUGGCAGAGUGGUACUGUUGUGGCGAUUAGUGACGCACAAGAGCAUCUGAGAUGCACUUUUGCACUACCGCCAGCAGAACACACUUCUAAUUUGCAGCCUCUACUAAACCGCUCGGAAGCACCACAGCUUAUUUGUGAACCUGUUGGCUGCCACGUGGAGGCCCCGCCCGGUGCCCAUAGCGGUGACACGAAUCUAACCCAUUCGCCCGCUCAGUGGCGCUGGGUGGUGGCUAGGUAGUCCAUAGACAGACUUCGAUUUAAACAAAGUGACACUUCAAGAUCACUAAUUGGAAGGAGAGGGAGACAUUGCCAAUCAACUGGAGACUUAAAUACCAAAAAUGUAAGUCGGAACGAUUGGAUGACAGUGUCCCCCCCUCCGUCCAGCUCGUGACUUUGUAAGUGCCACCAUGUUUCAAUCGGAGUACAGUUGCGCAAACGCCGCCAUCUUAUCACCCGAUAGUCGCACUGAGAAGCAGCAUUGAGGGGUUGAAGAGAAAUGAUAUUGAAGGCAUUGUGGAAAUUUUUAAAGAUAUUACUAUUAAUUUUGGAUAGCUUGGAUGUACCUAACCCACA